AUGAAACGUUUAUUCUUUAUCGCCGGCUUUGUGUGCGCGUUAGUUUCAGCGCAAGAGUUCGAUUGUCCAGAGAAGAGUGGUUUCUACCCGGAUCCCUACCAAUGUGACCUUUAUUACAAGUGCAGUAAAGGUGUAUCAGAAGCUAGACUGUGUCCUGACGGUCUGGUCUUCUCGGAUGAAAACCCCAACAAGGAGCGAUGUGACAUCCCAUCCAACGUAGACUGCGGAGACAGGAAAGAGCUGCAGGAACCGAAACCAACUAAAGGCUGCCCCAGACAGAACGGAUAUUUCAAACAUCCCGACCCUCAGGCCUGUGACAAGUUUUACUACUGCUCAGAUGGUACCCCCAAUGAGAUGCCCUGCCCUCCCGGUCUCUACUUCGACGAGGAGACCUCCAACUGCGACUGGAAAGAUGCUGUCAACAGGCAAUGUGAUCACAUCACCAAGGAUCUGCUGGACGACGGUUUCUCCUGCCCUGAUGGUGAAGUAAUGGGCCCCAACGGCCGUGCCCUCCCCCACCCAACCUUCCCCCACCCAGAAGACUGCCAAAAGUUCUACAUCUGCCGCAAUGGAGUCCAGCCCCAGAAGGGACUCUGUCCCCUUGGCAAGGUCUACAAUGAGGACACUUUCAUGUGUGACGAACCUGAGAAGGUUCAGGGAUGUGAAAACUACUACGAGGGUCAGACUUUUGACAAGAGCAAACCGAAGAAGGCGUAA